AUUCAGUAUAGUAUAUGGACACCUCUGACCUCCUCCCAAUACUCCGUAGGGGUGUGCAUGGCGUUUGCCGAGUCCAGCCUUAAUACGACGGCAGUCAACAUCAACGCAGGAGGAAAGUCCAGCGACUACGGACUCUUCCAGAUCAACAGCUUCUGGAACUGCGACCCCCAGGACGGUAGAGAAACCCGCAAUGGCUGCAAACACCCUUGCUCCGACUAUAUGAACACCGACAUCAGUGAUGACGUCCGCUGCAUCAAACAGCUUCGACGCGAAAACCACGGUUGGGGCUUCGCACACGGUUACGGUGAUAAGUGUAGCUCUGUGACCAGCAGCUACUUGAACGGAUGCAGCUACUGAGUUGUCAGCCUGGCACCUCACGACAGCGUCCAGCGCCACACCAAUCUCACUAAACUUCAAAGUCCACCUGGUUUGUAUGAGAUCGAGGCGUUCUUUCUUGAAUAAAAGCAGUCAAAUAUA